AUUGCAGAAGAGGAAAGACCCAAUGAGACUUCAUGUGACUACUUCAAUGGCAAAUGGGUCCGUGACAGAAGAGGCCCUUUAUACAACGGUACGACCUGCGGAAUAAUCAAGGAAGGCCAGAACUGUAUCAGCCACGGAAGACCUGACAUAGGCUAUCUCUAUUGGAGAUGGAAACCCACACGCUGCAAUCUCCCCAGGUUUAAACCCCAAUCUUUUAUUCAACUUUUCAAGCAUAAACACUUAUCUUUUGUGGGUGAUUCCCUGGCUAGAAACCAAUUAGAGUCACUUCUCUGUAUGUUAGCCACUGUUUCCACCCCAAAUCUGGUCUAUAGCAAUGGGGAGGAAAACAAAUUUCGCAGAUGGCAUUUUGAUUCUCACAACAUUACUGUGUCGCUGUAUUGGUCUCCAUUUCUGGUAAAAGGGAUUGAGAAAUCAAGCGCAAGACUGAAUAAUGAACUUUUCUUAGAUCUUGUCGAUGAGAAAUGGGCAAGGGAUCUAAAUCAAAUGGAUUUGAUGGUGCUUUCAAUAGGUCACUGGUUUCUGCUUCCUGCUGUUUACUAUGAGGGUGGCUCAGUGUUAGGCUGCCAUUACUGUCCUGGUUUGAAUCACACUGAAAUUGAAUUCUAUGAUAUGUUGAGAAAGGCUUUAAGGACUACCCUUAAGAGCAUAAUUGAAAGAAGUGGUGUUCGUGGUAGUGAUGGUAAAGAUGGAAUCAAAGUGAUAGUGACAACAUUUCCUCCUGCACAUUUUGAAGGUGAGUGGGAUAAAGCUGGGGCAUGUCCAAAGACUGAGCCAUUCAAAGAGGAAGAGAAGGAGCUUGAAGGGAUGAAUGCUGAUAUAAGGAAGGUUGAGGUUGAAGAAGUGGAAGCUGCUAAGGCUAAUUAUAAUGAAAACUUUGGAAGGGUUUUGAAAUUGGAGGCAUUGGAUGUGACCAAACUGGCUUUGAUGAGGCCAGAUGGGCAUCCAGGUCCUUACAUGUAUCCUUUUCCAUUUGCUAAUGGGGCUAAAGACAGAGUCCAGAAUGAUUGUGUUCAUUGGUGCUUGCCUGGUCCUAUAGACACUUGGAAUGAGAUUUUUCUGCAGAUCAUCAACAAGUGGAAUGAGAAUGAGCCAUUUGUCUCAUGACAAUGACAGAUUAGCACCUAGUUUCA